AUGGAUAGUUGGAAAAAUUUUAAUGAUUCUGUUAAAAAGGAAUUGGAUAAAUUAGAUAAAGAAAAUGAUAAAUAUAUUUUUUACGUUAAAAGACCAAAUAAAAUAUGCACAAUUGAAAAAGAUUCUUGUUGCGAAAAAAAGUGUAUCAAUUCUAAUUUAUUUGAUGGUUAUUGCUUUAAAGGGAAUGGAUAUGUUAAUGUUUACGAAGAUUAUUGCAAAGGGUGGAUAGAUUAUAAAAAUAAAGAGUUGGAUGGGUUUGGAGUUGUUAGGGAUAAUAAAUGGAUUUGUUUAUAUGGACAGCAUCCAUAUACAAAAGCUGGAAGUUAUGGGAAUGAUUAUUCUUUAUUUUAUUUUGAAGUGAAAAUAUCUAAAGGAUUUAAUUCAAAAAUUUGUUAUGCUGGUAUUGGUCUUGAUGUUCCGAAUGCAAAAAUAUUUUUGUGUAAUUAUUCAAAUACUUGGGGAAAUUAUCAAAAAUUUGGAUGGGUAGAUGGAGAUGUUUUUGGUUGUGGAAUUGUUUUUCCUCCAAAGAAUGAUUUGAUUAAAAAGGCUUAUGUAUUUUUUACUAAAAAUGGAGAUAAAAUUGGUAAUAAAAUCUUUCUUGAAGAAGAUAACAUUAACUUAUAUCCAUUUAUUGGACUUUUGUCUUGUUCGGUGGAAACUAAUUUUGGGAAUGAUCUCGAAUCGAAUCCUUUUAUUUACAAUCUUAACAAUUAUAUUAUUUGA